AAUUAAUUUGUAUCACAGAUAAUAGCAGCUGCAGAAUGUGGUGUCUGUAGUACAUCCUGUUCUUCUGAAUCAGAAAAAUGCAGGGCUGUAUCAGAGUUUCAGCCUUGUGUUUCCCCAGAUAUGUUAAAAGGUGCUACGGAUGUAAUUUGUAACUUUAUGAAAGAAUCAAAUCACCAUGCAUAUAGUUCACCGAAAGAUGAAGAUUCUCCUAACAAGCUAACAACUCAUGAAGUUAUCUCACAGCAAUCUAGACUGAGCUCUUCCGUAGACAAACCAGAAAAUAGAAAGAAAAAUUGUGGGUUCAACGAGCAAAGCAGCAUGAAGCAGCAGAGCACAGCCAGGAUUUUGAGCAAAGACUCGAAGCAACAAGGUUAUCGAUGUGAUCCUCUAGGACAUUUUUGUGAAGCCAGCAGGGAUGAAAGGAAAUUACUAUUCAGAAAUGAAAAAAAUAUGAAGGUAGUGAAAAGCAGCGAAACAAUGAGGCAGACCAGUAUUUGUGGAUUCCAAGGUAUAAUUAUUCCAAGUGUAGUUGGUUCAGUUGUUGGGUCCUCGAGGUCUUUAGCUUCUGGAGAUAAUCUUGCUAAUCAGGAUGAAAAAGAAGGGGAGGCAGUAAAUAAUUUCUACAAAGAUGUAGAUAACUUAGUCGAGCACAUUCAAUCCCACAUUUCUGCUUUGCGUUUGUGUUCAAAGUUGGCAGAUGGUACCAAAGGAGCUGUGCAACAAGGUUUGGCUAAUAUGCCUACAUCCGUGUGUCCUAUUGUACAAGGAAAAGAGCAUUUGAUAAAAAAGAAUGAACUGAGCCAAGCUUUUGAGCCUUUAUCAGACAGGGAUGAGUUACUGCUUAGUAGGCUGGAGUGCCAAAGAAUUGGAAAGAAAGAUGACUCAAAUGGGAGUCAUCGGGUGUUGGAUCAAGGUGAGAAUGACUUGUUGGAUGAUAUGAUGAGCCAAAGGAGAAGGAUUCAGCAUAAUGAGAUAGGUCAAACUUGCAAGCAUAUUGUAAGGAGUAAUAGUAGGCUGAAUAAAAAGGUAGGUAAUCGAAAUGUGAUUGGCAUGGUAGAAGCAGGCAGUCAUAAACAAAGUCAAACUACUGGUUGCUAUGUUCACGGGUUAAGGGUUCCAAUUAACCAGGAUGAUAUCACCAAGAGGCCUCCUGUGCCUGAGAAAACACCGUAUGCAAUCCCAAUAAGUAAUGGGGGGAAAGAAUCGACACCAAUCAUAGCAAAAUUAAGACCUCCAAUACCAUCUCAGUCAGCAGGAUCCAAGGCUUCGGUUAGGCCGAUUACUGAUAAGAAAAUCCUUGCAUAUCAGACUCUACCAGGACAAAAAGGUCGUACAAGGAUUUUGCGGAAUAAGAUUCUACAUCAUCAGCAAGAAUCUGAGGAGUCUACUACCUCUGGCACUGGCAGCAGUGACAGUGAGGCUUAUUCUUUGCUUAGUAAGGACAGUGCAGCUUCAAUAUCCAGGAGGUUUGCUCGUGGAGUAUAUGAAGAAAAUUGCUCAUCAACUAGCAGUGAUUACAGAGAUUUUGGUGAAUCAGGUGGAUUGUAUCCUACCAAAACACACAAACCAAUCCGUCCCACAAUUUCUGAGUCUGAGAAAGCCGAAGUUCAAAUGCUUGGACGGCUAAGGAGGUUUAAGAACAAGUUAGGGCUAAUUUUUCAUCAUCAUCAUCACCAUCACCAUCAUCAUCACGGUAAUGAUCAGGAUGACUCCAGGGGUUGUCAAACCAAAUCCACAUGGAAGCCUUUGCGCAAUCUUUUUCAUCACAGAAAUAGACAUGAAGUUCAUGAUAAAUUAAGAAAAGCGAGGGUGAGUAAUGUGCCAGUCAAGCAUCAGGCAGGGCAUUUUCAUGCACUAGUGGAAGGAUUAAUGCAGCACCUUCGGAAUCCAAGGAAAUCAAAGCCUUCCAAAGGUCGGAUUGGGUGGCUAGGAAAUGACCAACACGGCCAUAGAAAUAGGAAGGUGAAGAAAUUACAUUGGUGGCAGAUGUUUAUGCGCCAAGGCGGAGUAAAACUAUCCAAUAGAAGGCGUGUCAAGAUAGGGUUUAUGAGUAAAAAACAGCAGCUUAAGCCACCGAAGUUCAGGUAGCAACAACAAAGCAUGGUGCCUA